CUCACCCCCAGCCUUGCCCCCUCCGUCCUCUGCACAGGAAGUGGGCUGGCCCUGGGGUUUUAGUCUUUGCCGGCCCAGCAGCCCGCUGCUACCUGGGCGGCAGACCCAGAGCAGGGCCCUGGGGAGAUGGCUGCGGUCCCAGCAGCGGACAGAAGUGGAGAGAGCGCGCCGCAGCCCCAUGUCUCAGCCAGGGACCCCUUCCCCAGCUCCCAGCCCUGGAUGUGAUGGCAGACCCUGCUCUGUCCUGGCAGCUGUCCCUCCUUGCCCUCCUGCUGCCCCUGGCCGUACCUCGGGCAUCCGCAGUGAUGAAUGCAGACACGUCCAAGCUCUCAUGCUUCUAUAACUCAAGAGCCAACAUCUCCUGUGUCUGGAGCCAGGAUGGGGGCCAGCAGGCCACGUCCUGCCACAUCCACGCACAGCCAGAUAAACGGCCUUGGAACAGGUCCUGUGAGUUGCUCCCGGUGAGGCCGGCAUCCUGGACUUGUAACUUGAUCCUUGGAUCCCCAGAUUCUCAGACACUGACCAGGGCUGACGUCGUUAACAUGAGCGUGCUGUGCCUCGAAGGGAAGAGGUGGAGAAUGGUGACAACCCAGGACUUCAAGCCCUUUGAGAACCUUCGCCUGAUGGCCCCCAACUCCCUUCAAGUCACCCACCUAGAGACCCACAGAUGCAACAUAACCUGGAAGGUCUCCCAGUUCUCCCACUACAUAGAAAGAUACCUGGAAUUUGAGACCCAGACAAGGUUCCCAGGCCACAGCUGGGAGGAGAAAUCCCUGAGGAGGCUCAGGCAGAACCAGCACUGGAUCGCCCUGGAGACACUCACUCCGGACACAAUGUAUGAAUUUCAAGUGCGGGUCAGGUCCCAGCAAGGAAACCGUAAGACCUGGAGCCCCUGGAGCGAACCUCUGGCCUUCAGGACAAGGCCUGCAGGCCCUGGGAAGAAGACUCUGACCCUCCCGUGGCUGGAACACAUCUUCAUAGGCCUCAGCGGCGCCUUAGGAUUCGUCAUCCUAGUCUGCUUGCUGGCUAACUGCCGGUACACGGGGCCAUGGCUGAAGAAGGUUCUGAAGUGUCACAUCCCAGACCCCUCCGAGUUCUUUUCCCAGCUGAGCUCAGAGCAUGGAGGAGAUUUCCAGAAGUGGCUCUCCUCGCCCUUCCCCUCGUCCUCCUUCAGCCCCAGCGGCGUGGCGCCGGAGAUCUCCCCGCUGGAGGUGAUGGACAGGGACACCAAGGCCGCACAGCUGCUCCUGCUGCAGCAGGACAAGGGGGCGCCCUUGCCCCCAUCCGAGACCAGCGGCCACUCGCUGGCCAGCUGCUUCACCAACCAGGGCUACUUCUUCUUCCACCUCCCUGACGCUCUGGAGAUUGAGGCCUGCCAGGUGUAUUUCACCUAUGACCCCUGCACCGAGGAGCCCGGUGAGGGUGGGCCCGGAGCGCCGGAGGGGUCUCUUCCCCCGCCUCUGCUGCCUCCACCAGGGCAGGACGAUGCCUACUGCACCUUCCCCCCCGGGGACCACCUGCUGUUCUUCUCCCCAAGUCUCCUCAGGGGCCCAGGCCCCUCAGACACUGCCCUAGGGGUCCCUGGGGCUGGUGAAGAAAGUCUGGCCCCCUCCCUGCCAGAGGAAGCGCCCCGAGAUGAGGCUACCCAGCCCCUGGGGCCUCCGUCCCCAGGAGCUCCGGACCUGGUGGACUCCCAGCCACCGCUGGAGCGUGCCCUGGGAGGGGCGGGAGGGCAGGGGGCAGGCUUCCCCUGGGCUAGUCAUCUCGGACAAGGCCAGCCCAGGGCCCCCACCUCCUGCCUGACCCUCAACACCGACGCCUACCUGUCCCUCCAGGAGCUCCAGGAUCGGGACCCAGCUCACUCGGUGUAGACGGAGGCCAGGGGUGGGAGGUAGGUGGCUGCCCACUGUUGCACCAGGCGCAGUUGAGGAGUCUGUCCCCGAGGCUUAUCCACUCCUGUGACGUCCUGUAUCCAACUGCCCCCUGGACGUCUGGGCUCAGAGGGCCCCAACCCAGCCCUGCACACUUGGCUGUUCACUUCCAAACUUCAGCUGCUGCUCCCUGGUCCUGCAGCGCAAGCCAGGAACUGCGGGGUGGGGGUGGGGGUGUCACUUUGACUCCCCCACCCGCUCAUCACUCACGGAGGUCCAAGGGGUUUGCCUCUGAAGCAUCCCUCCUCUCCAGGCCUGCAGCUACUCUUCAGGGAGAGUGCUCAUGGUUCUCCGGGGGUCUUCAGCUCCGGCCUCCUCACUCCUUCCUGCCUCAGUCUCACCCCUCCCACCCCUGUGGGGGCAGCAGCGUGCUAUUUCCAAAACAAAAAUGUGGCUAUGCUGCCCCUUGGGUAAACCUCCCCAUGGUUCCCCACGGCCCUCAGCACCACUUCCUGGCCUGGCCUUUGCCCCUCCAGCACCAUGUUGGGACAGUCCCUUCUGAAACCCUCCCAAUGGUCCUACUGAGCCACGUGGAGCUCCCUUGUGUCCCCAUAGCUUUACACAUGCUCCCUGUGCCUGGGGUGCCCCCUCCUUCCUCAACUAGGUGGAAAACUCUCCUUAUCCUUCAAGUGUCACUUUCACUUCCCUUGGAGGGAGACACUGCCUCUAUUAAUGUGCACAAACUUCAAUAUUCAUUGCUGGAGGGACAGGCUCUCUGGGUCACAAGGUGGCUGGAGAAGUAGCCCUGUCACUUCAGCCUUGGGAUCAAUGUGACCUCUGGGUGCUUGGCUACCACAUCCUUAAUGCUGUGGCCCAGGAAUCGGCACAAACCCCCCAGCAACGUGGACCCUGCCUGGAUCUUUCCACAAUGGCUUCACAGGCUUAUACGGCAGCCCAUCCCUGAGCCCCACCCACUCCACCCUGCACCAGACAGGCCUUUUCCGCAGCUCGGGGGCUGGCACACCACCUCCAGAAGGACAUCGCCAGUCACUGCACUUGACAGAUUGUACUUAGCACCCCACUGCAUUCCCUGGAUGGAUUAGUAAAUAUCUGGCACCACCUUGUCUGGGCACCCUGCGCCCAGCAGCCUUCACACAGGGGGUACCAUCCAUCUCACAGGGGCACCCUUGGGGUCUUCAUCCUUCUAAGGUCAAGACUUGGAGAGGAAGAGCCCCGGGCGCACUAGGUUCCAGCAUAUUCGCUCCGGUGAGAGGCUCGUGCCCUCACUCGGCAGUCCUCCCCCUCCCACAGGGCUGGCCUCUUCCUUCUCGGUGCCCCCACUACCCCUCCACUUCAUUUCCUCUGUCCCUGACACUGAUCACACCUGGGGCGUCUGUCACAACCUUCCUCCUUGCCCAGGAAUCUCAACGGGGGCCAGGACCUCCUCCCAGCUAACUGAGCUGGGAGAAUGCUGGUGUUCACUCACAGACUCUGCUCGCAGUUGACUGGGCACCUGACACAAGCCAACCCAUAGGCUGCCCAGUAUCCAAUGAGGUGACGAGAACAGAAGCUCUGUCCAAUCAUGGAGGCUGGGCCUGAGCUGACCAAUCAGAUUACUCUCAGUCUAGGACAUAAGAACGUGUUGGCCUCUGUGAGCAGGUGGAGAAAGCGCCCCUGAAAGGAUAGAGAGGAACUGAGCCGGGUUAGCAGAGGGUCCUGGGCUGUUGGUGCAGAGACUCCUGCUGCCCAGGGGGCUACUACUGUUCCUUCAGGAUUCCUGUUUCCCUUAUGUCCAAAAUAAAAUCCCCUUUCCUGA